GUAAUCUUUCGAUCCAUAUUCUGCUACGCAACCUCCGUCCACCAGGAACACGCGAACGUCGCAUUCCUCGUCCAGACGGAAAUCCAAUGAGCUUGCUUUUCAACUUUGUUUCGUGCCCCAAUUAUACAUACGAGGCAUUGUCAUGGCUGUCAUUCACUAUCAUGGUGCAAAGCCUUCCCAUCCAGUAA